ACCAACUCAAAUCUCAAUAUUUAUUCCACUCACUUCAGAUGCUUUAAAUUAUACAAAAUUAUUCAAAUACAAAAUUGCAAAUUUGAAGGAUCAAAAUUUGAAAUCAAAAUCUCCAUUAUUAAAUAACUCAAUUUAUGAAAAUUCUUAUUUGAUGAAUACAUCUACAAUCUGGUAUAAAGAAACUAUAAAUAAGUUUAUAAAAACUGGAGCUUUAAAUAGGAUCAUGUAUAUUCUUAUUGGCAUGACCUCUAUAGUUCUUUUAUAUUUUCUUAUCAAAGCUAUCAGAAUAAAAAAGCAAAAAGUUAAAAAAUAUGGCAUAUUAAAUGGUGGUGAUCUUGAUUAUGAUGAGGAAUGGGGUGAUAAUUGGCUUAGAAGUGAUGAUAAUUCUCUCAAAAAACAUUAUGAAAAUGAUGAUAAUGAUUUAAACAGUAAAAAUCAAAACAAAAGUAAAUCACAUCUUUUUGUUAAAACCAAACCUUCCAAUAAUAAGCGAUCUGAAUAUUCAUUGCUCAAUAAUAAAUGGGAAAUGACACCACUAGACAAAUUUGAUCCUGAUAUGCCUGUUAGUGAAGAUGAUGAUGGAAGUGAUUUGGAUUUAUUUAAAGCUUCUCCUGCAAAAUCAAUUAUAAAAAAUGGGAAACUUGAAAACCAAGAAAGCAACAAUGUUGCAACUAAACAAACAUCUUAUAAAAGUACCACCAAUGCUAUUAAUUUUAAAUGAUGUUGGAUUAAAUUAUAUCAGUAAGUAAUUAAUAUAAGUGAUCAUCCUAAAUCUGUAAUAUCAUUUUGUAAAAAUUAUUUUUUUAAAAAUAUUAUUGCAUUUUUGUAUUUGGUGCAAUAUGGACAUAAUUUUUUUAUUUUUUGUUAUACUCCAAUUAUAUAAUGGAUAAUUAAAUAUUUAUAGCAAUUAAAUUUUACAUGUUACUUUUUUUCUGUUAAUAUUAGUGUUGUUAAACAGCUCAUUUUCAGCUUUUUAAAAAUGGCUAACUCAAUAAUUUAUUUGGAAAAAUAUUAUGCAAGCCUUAAGAUUUUACUCAUAGGUGGCACACAGGUUUGAACAUCUAUUAACAAAAUCUCGAGGCUUAGACAAUAUUUUUCUGACUAAAAUAUUGAGUUAGCCAUUUUUACACUGUAAAAUUAUUAUAUUAUAUUUUAAAAUAAAACAUUAAAAUGUAUUUAAGGUUUAUAAUUGUUUAUAUAUUGCAUCUUCUUUCUUUUCCAAAAAAUCUGAGAUAUAAUUAUUUUAAUUGCAUUCUAAAAUUAUCUUCUUUUUUGUCUUAUUUUUCUUUAUACAACUCAUUUAUA